AUGAAUAGAUGGCAGACAAUAACGGAAAUGGAGAUCACCCGCGAAACAAUUCAAAUGCUCGAACCUUAUUGCUCCGAGUUUCUGAUCCAUGCUGCGGACGUCGAGGGCCUGCAACAAGGAAUAGACGAGGACUUGGUAUCGAGAUUGGCAGAGUGGUGUUCAAUUCCCGUGACGUACGCUGGGGGUGGAAGGGGCCUGGCGGACCUAGAUCGUGUCAAGUCAAGCAGCAACGGGAAGGUUGACCUCACGAUUGGCAGCGCACUUGAUAUUUUUGGGGGAAGUGGCGUGACGUUUGAAGAGAUAUCCUACGGCUAUCAAGCGGCAUUCCUUGCGUUCUUGUAG